AUUAACAAAAGUUCCCCAAAACGCACGCAGCCAUCUUCCUAGCAAGUAGCCAAGCCCCUCUUUUGGCGGGAACAGGGAGCCUGAGCGAAAAAAAAUACCUCCAAUGGAAUCGGAGACGGCACUGCCGAAAUGGGCAUCGAAGCCUUGCAUAAUGGGCAUUGAUGAAGCUGGUCGUGGUCCUGUUUUAGGACCAAUGGUCUAUGGGUGCUUGUACUGUGCUCGCUCCUACCAGAAAACUCUAUCCACACUCAAAUUUGCAGAUUCAAAGACGUUAAAAGAAGAAAAGAGGGAAGAGUUGUUUGAGAAUUUGAAGGCUGACGAAUCAAUCGGAUGGGCUGUUGAUGUGAUAGACCCAAGAGAGCUCUCAUCCAAAAUGUUGAAGAAAAAUAAGAUAAACCUUAAUGAAAUAUCACACGAUUCUGCCAUGGGCCUCAUUAGAAAGGUGUUGAGCAUAGGCAUUCUUCUUACUGAGGUCUAUGUGGAUACAGUUGGAGAUGCUGAAAAGUAUAAAGUAAAACUGUCUGAGAGAUUUCCAAAUAUUAAAUUUGUGGUUGCAAAGAAAGCUGACAGUCUUUACCCUGUUGUAAGUGGUGCAAGUAUUGUUGCAAAGGUCACAAGAGACAGAGCUUUGCGGGAUUGGGUGCUUGAUGAAACUGCUGCAAACAUGCAUACAACUUUUGGAUCUGGAUAUCCCGGAGAUCCACAGACAAAGGCCUGGUUGGAAGAUCAUAAACACUCAAUCUUCGGAUUCCCAACACUGGUGCGCUUCAGUUGGGGAACAUGUACAUCAUAUUCCAAAGACAUGGUCGAAGUGUUAUGGGAAACUGAUGACGCUGAUGAGGAUGGUAGCGAUGGAAGAACUGGGAAACGACAAUUGAAACUAACUAAUGUUGGUUUCACUCCAGUGAAGAGAAAAAGUGAAGAAACUGAAUCAAGUGGGAAAGGUCGUUGCAAAUUUUUCCAAGCUCGUAAACUUGAGCUACUCUCCCAUUUCUGAAGGUAGCAUAUGAUGAAGAGGCUUCGAGAGGAUAAAAUUUGAGCCAGUAUCAUCCUUAAACUAUGAAGCAAGUUCAGAAAAUAUCAAUAUGAAUAACUUGGAAAGAAUCUCUAACUCUAGGAUUUGAUUACCAGGAAGUAAGCUAUUCGACCAUCACCGAGUGGCUCAGAUUUUAAUGCUUGUGGUCGAUGUCUUUCAGGUAAUGAAGAUAAUCCGUGGAUUGUAUUAUUUCUCACCUUAAAUAAUAUGAUGUUUUUGUAUAGUUGGAAAUGGCAUGAAUAGAGCCGAAUGUAUCAAACCUUGUGUGUGCUACUACUGUUUUUCCUUGACUCUUUGAUGGCUACAUUUAUAAUACCUAGUGUUAUUACCAA